GGCGACAAUUAUUUAAUUGUAAUUUAAUAUUAUAUGUAGUAAGUCCGGACUGGUAGGUGCCUCUCUGCUGCUCAUUUCUAUGAAGCAGUCGUGUGCCUCAGUUUGUACCUUUAUAACUGUACAAUUGACACCGUUUCACUAUCGCCUACUGGUUCACAUUAUAAGUUUGUAAAAUAAAAAAUAAAUAGUGCAAUCAAUAUUUAAAUAAGGUAGUAAAAGAUUUUAACGAACACCAUUAUACGUUGACCAUAAAUUCCGAGUAGUGUUCCAUUGCGUACUAAACAAAGGACCGAACCCCGAAUCCCGUUUUUUUAUUAUUAUUUUAGAACCGAGUCUUUUUGUCAUCAUCGUUUCAGUAAUAACCGGCAUGCGCGGCACAACAAAAUCCUUCGUUUUCCAUGGUCCACCGUAUUUUUAUUAGCUAUUAUCUCAAUUUCAUUUAUUUAAUUUUUCUAAAUUAAUGAAUAAUCAUCCAGUGUAAAUGUUUUAAAUUGUUAUUAUCGUUAACUUCCCAUGCGCAGGAAGAAGUCAAGGCCAAAAUAAUCAACACAAUAAAUUGUAACCGAAAAAAAUGUAUAUUUUGUGACUACGUUAUUUUAUAAAUAUACUUGUUUGUUAUGUUUAAAUGAGUAUCGGCAUCAGAAACAAUGGGACCAGUCGCAUUAACGCGGUUUAAUUAACAGUAAUAAUUAUCCCUGCUCGGAGUUCAAGUGAAUUAGACAACUCAUGGCGUAGACUUCAGUGUAUCUAAUCUAGGUUACUUGGUAGUACAUUUACCGGUUAUUAAUUAUCUUGUUUAUUUGUUGCCUUGAGGUGAUCAUGCGUGUUCACUAGGUCGGACGGGUUAGUCUUGUUUUACAAUCGAAGUGACGGAAAUAUACGUCUUUCUACACUAACGUCAACAGACCCAAAACCAAAAUGUGGUCGUUCCCGAUCCCGGACGGUUUCGGUAUGGAUCCGAUGGUACCGAACACGCUGGUGGUAUCAGCAGACAUCAUGGACCGGAUCGGAAGCGGACUUUCGUUGCUCCGAGAUCACGGAAAAAAAGUACAAAAGUACGUGUGGAAAAACAGAAAAUUUGACGUACUGAAGAAGCCUACGAAAUCUUUAGUAAAUAUCGUAUUAAUAGAAGCUAAAGACUUGCCGGAUGACCAGACUACAACCUGCAAUGGCCUCUACUGCAAGUUCAAGUUAGGCAACGAAUCUCACAAAUCUAGACAAGUAUUGAAAACAAAGCCUGCAUGGUGUGAGAGAUUCAAUAUAUAUUUGUACGAGGAAAACAAUUUAGAGGUAUCCUUGUGGCAUAAAGGAAAACAGAAAAACUUUAUGGGAAGAUGCGUCAUUGACCUUUCUCGACUCGAAAAAGAAAAGACUCACGAUAUUUGGCAGGAAUUGGAAUGUGGAUACGGUUUUAUACAUAUGUUGAUCACGGUCAACGGAUCACAGUUAACCAGAGGAUUGGCUGUUGACAAUAUACCGACAAGCAACAACGUUUUACACCCAACACCAAAUAUUGAAGAAUUUUCAUGGUAUCGCCUAAAGAACAAUUGGAAUGAAGUGGGUCAGUUGUCAGUGACUGUAUACGGCGCCAGAGGGCUAAGUCCACUCGGGAUCAGCGGAAAGGCUGAUGCAUAUUGCGUUUUAGUCUUGGAUAACUCAAGGAUACAGACUCACACAGUCCGUGGCGCGGCAGAGCCGAUGUGGAACAAAAGUUAUACAUUUGCCGUAAACGAUAUUACGUCAACCCUGGAUAUCAAAGUUCACGAUGAAUCGAUUAUCGGUGAAACUCUCGGUAAAAUAUCGAUACCACUCUUACGAAUCAUCAACGAAGAGAAAAGAUGGUACGCUCUAAAAGAUAAAACGAAAAAGUCGAAUGCGAAGGGAAACUGCCCCAGGAUACUCCUGCAGAUGUCCAUUGUAUGGAAUCCGUUAAAAGCUGCGCUACGAACUUUAAGUCCUAAGGAAACGAAAUACGAUCAGAAGACGCCUAAAAAAUUUAGUAUUCCCUUAAUAUAUAACAAUCUGCUAUUCAUCAAAGAUAUAUUUAAUGUGGUACAUACAGGGAACGAAUAUUUAAAGAAUUCAUUUGAAUGGGAGAACAGAGAGAAGUCGGUGCUAGCGUUAUGCGCUUGGCUGGUCUUCUGGUUCUUUUUCCGAAUGUGGAUGACACCGCUGCUAGUUCUUCUGCCGUUCCUUUACUACUGGACCGGUCACCGCAGCAAUAGUACUACUAAUUCAUUAAGUAACAUUUACGGAUCCGAGGAUGAAUUAUCCGAAGAGGAUCUUGAAUCAACGAAGGAUGAAAAAACGAUUAAAACCCGUCUCUACGGAUUACAGGAAUUGACGUUUACAAUAAAAGACGGCAUCGAUUACAUAGUGUCACUUUUAGAGCGAGUUAAAAAUUUAUUGAAUUUCACUAUCCCGUACCUAAGUUAUUUAGCGAUGGCCGCAAUGGUGGGUCUCAGCGUGGCGUUUUAUCUAAUACCUGCGAACUACAUCUUCAUGGCAUUGGGUAUUUAUAAAUUUACUCGUAAAUACUUGAAUCCCGAUCGAGUUCCGAACAAUGAUAUCUUGGAUUUCAUAUCGAGGGUGCCCGACGAUAGGACACUGAAACAAUGGCAGGAAUUGAAAGUACCCGAACCGAGCUUAAGCAGGACAGGAUCAAAGUGCAGAAGAUAAUGAACGCUUGUCUUAUCGUGAAUCGGAUUUGACACUUAUCCAUUUGCUUACAUGCUAUUUUUAUCUAUAAUGUAUAUUAAUUGAUAAGUCAUGUUUUGCAUAACGCUUAGAUCUGAUUAGACGUAUGUACUUAAUGUAUUAGUAUUAGGGCGAGGAUUAUAUUUAAUUUAUCACCUACAAUGUUUGUUGUAAGAGACAUUCAAUUUAAUAGGGGGCCGUAUGAUGUUCAGGUCUGGAAUUAAAUGGAAUACUGAGUUUAAUCAAACAAUGUAGAAAAGUUAUUUCACGUAUUUUCAUUAUUUAAUAAUGCUCCUGAAGGUUCGGUCUUUUUUAUCUAUAUUAUGUACUAGUACCUGCUUUAGAAUCUCUUUAGAAGAAAAGGAUUGUCAGAAAUAAAUUACUUUUAGCGAUAAGACCGCUUAGUGUACUAAAUACUAAUGACACCUACCUAUUGAGUUUUAUUCAAUUUUAAUUGUGGCGUGCUAUAAAGUAUACUCUCUCUCGCUCUCUCUCUCUCUCUCUCUGAAUCAAUCAAAGGAGCUCACCUACACGCUAGGAUAACGCUGAUAUAGCUUCUCAAGGCUAUCAGCAUAGGUAGGCGAAAAAAAAGGCGCUAGGAUUUGCUGGACUCCGGUAAUCACUUAGCAAAGGGUGGGCCGUGAACUCGUCCACCCAUCUAAGCAAUAAAAAAAUGGGGCUCCCAGUUUGUGAACUAGUAUUCUCUUAUAUCACAAUUGAUAACUUUAUUUUAAGUGCGAAACGAAAAAGCGAUAUUAUAUUUUAAAUAUUAAAUAAUAAAAUAAUUUAUAAUGCAGAAAAAUAGAAUAGAAUAGUGAUUUGUUAUCGGUUGUGAUCUUUUCGGAAAUAGGCUCUGGGUAAUUUUCCGGAGUGCUUCAUCGAAGAAGGAUUGAUGAUGAUGAUGAUCCAUAAUCUAUAUAUAUAAAAAUGGAUUGCUGUUCGUUAGUCUCGCUAAAACUCGAGAGCCGCUGGACCAAUUUAGUUAAUUUUGGUCUUAAAUUAUUUAUGGAAGUCCAGAGAAGGUUUAAAAGGUAGAUAGAUGUGAAAAUACUCGGAAUUAAAUAAAAAUAACAAUUUUGUUUUUCCUUUAAUGUGUCCCUCAUCGGACGCAUUCCUUUUGUUUGUUUUAAGUUUAUUUUAUACAAAAGCUUAGGUCUUUUAUUUAUCGAUUGAGGCACUACGAAGUCUGCCGGGUCAGCUAGUAUCCUAUAAAAAUUAUAAAAAUGUACAACAAUUUAGUACACAUCAUGUACACUAUUUAAUUUUAUUCAAGUAAUUGCCAAGUAUGAUUUUUAAAAUUAAUAAUUAUGAUAAAUUAAAAAAAAAAAUAUAAUGCCGUAUUUAUACUGUACGAUUGUAGUUUCACUUCUAUUACUUAAAUUAUGAAAAAAUACUACUAUCAAUAUAGAAGCUUUCAAAUUUAUUUAUUUAGUAAUCAAAGAUAUUUAUAUUAAAAAAUUUUUUUUCCAAUCAUUCCAUAAUAUAAUUUUACAAAAAAAUGUGUGGUCAUUUUGUUAACAUCACAGAAUAAAUACAUCUACAUUUUAUUAUUGUAGAUUUACAAUGAACUGUUUGAUAACUGUAUUAAUACUUGUAGAGUAUAAUUUUAAAUAAAAGACUUUCAUUUUUAGUUAGAUUUUUAAUUUUGAUUUAAGCAUUAGGUUUCAUUUGAAAUAAUACGGUAUCCAUUCUAGAAUUUACAUUUAUUUGAUAGUGUAAACUUUCGUAAUGGCAAGCAAGUUUGAGAUCUUCAUUUUUAUUCAUGUAAUACUCAAUCAAUUUAAAAAUAAACAGUUACAUGAUUAUCUAAAAAUAAAGAAAAAAGGCAAUGUAGAAAAAAAUAUGUGAUAAAAAUAAUUUUAAGCCGCUUCGGGGAUUCGAAAAAUUUCGAAGCAAUUUUAGAAAACAGCCGUGAUUAUUUUAUAAAUAUUUAUUUACACCGAAUCUUAGCAUUACUAUGUUUCUUUAAUGGAAAUAUAAAAAAAUAUGAGAGCUAGGUUCUCCUCAAACCACACUUGACCUGUUUCACCACUUUUGUGGGUUCAAAAGUUUAAAGCGGAAACACGGUUUGACCAAUACUCAUGUGGAUCCUUAUUCUCUAUUAUCACAAACUAAUUUAAGACUCGAUUCUAGAAUAGCUUAAACAGCAUUUGAAUGUUAAAUGAUAUUAUACUUUACCGUCUCUAAAUAAAAUCUAAAUUAAUUAUAUACUUUAUUAUUCUUGAUAAUUAUUUGAUACUGUAUUGUAUUGAUUUAAUACAAUUAUUAUAAUUAUAUAUUCAUGAGCACUUUAGGUAUUUUUUUGUAAAUAUAAAUUGAUUAACCGUAAUUUUGCAGUAGGCAGCGGCUAGGUUUACUAAUACCCCUGGCUUUACUGAUAUGUAUAAGCCACGGUGCCUGCCUACCACCAAUAGGGAUGUUGCUGAUCUCCUACAUAAGCAAUGAGAGUUAAGUCUUUAUAUUUAAAUGCCUUCAUUAGGUGCUGCAUAGAUAUUGCAAAAAAAUAAAUGUGAUAGUUGAUUUCCUUUUCUGUAAUAACUAUAUUACAUAGGCAGCGGUUGCCUAUAAUAAAUAACUCAUAGCUCAAGAUUGUGAUCGAUAGAAUUAAGAGAAUAAAUAAUUUUGUAAACGAGAAGGAAUU